AUGGCACAAUCACCCCCCACGCGGAGGGCUGUUGCCAUCGAACCCUCUCGUUUGAAUGGCGAGACGGUCGUUGUUGGUGAACAGUAUCCUGACUCUUGCCAUAACAGGUUCGAUGAUGAGGAAUCCUUUCUCACCACAGAUCUAGUCUUGCCGUUCAAGAUUGUCGGACGUUCCCCAGAAGAGUGGUUCGAGAAAGAUUUCAGAAUUUACAAGGUGGAGCUCGAGCACCUUGCAGAGCUAGUCUGGCAAAGACAAGUUCUUCUCAGUGCCUCCUCUGCCAGCGGUCGUCCCUCCAAUGCACCAGAACACGACGCCAAGGGCGGGUUGGACGACCCCCAAGCCUCGGGCGCUCGAACACUAUUGAGGUCAUCUCCACACUGCUCCCCAUCGGCCCAGCAAUCCGGUCUUGCUGAAAUGAUACCAUCAGGCACUUCGGGAGCGUCUCAUGGCAUCGAUGAUGAAAGCUUCUAUGCAGCAUUAGAUAUUUGGAUGUUUGGAUCGACCUUUGCAAGAGACUUCCACCGAGUGAUACACUAUUGCCAUCGGAAUUCUCCCUGGCUUUUGCACGAAAUUUUCAUUGCCAUGGAUACCUUUAUCGAUUGGGCACGCUUCAACCGAACCACCUCCGAAAGAGUAGACAUUGAACGGGGUGCCCGAUCCCUCCAGAAGCUCCGCACUGCCGAGGUCACCCAUACUCAGGAUGCCUUGGCUAUUCUCAUGCUGGGCCAGGCGUUGGCGGCAUUUGAUGCUUUUCUCACCUCCACGGGCGCCACGUCCAUUCUCCGAUAUUCCUUGUCGCUGAUGAAACCGUGGUACUCAAGUUUCGAGCAAGUUCAAUUCUUUGACCCCGUAACAAUCAGCCCAAUCUUCUGGGACAUAGCCUGCUGUCUGGUCUAUCGGGAAAUACCCAUCAUUCAGCCGGGCGCGCGUGAUCCAUCAGUGAUUGACCGUUUGGCCGGUCUCUGUCCAUCAGUCUUACCGAUCCUCUACGAUCUGUGCGUCAUCGGUCAUACCUUGCGUGGUGACCCAAAACAAGUCAAUCAGCUAAAUAAUAUAGAAGAAAGAGUGCGCCAGUGGACUCCAGACUACGGAUGUCUCCAAUCAAGAGGUUUUAGCGCCAUAGAGGUCGCCUCAAUACGAACCCAGGCGAUCAUGUAUCGAACCGCAAGCCUACUCCUAAUCCAUCGCCUGCGCCAUCCGUUAACAUGCCAUGAUGACACUGCUGUGUUGCUUGCGAGCGACAUUCUUGCCGAGAGAAGCACCUUCUUUGCCGCUCAAGGAAACGAAGCCACUCUCCAGAAUGUUGUGCUGCCGUUAUUCCUGGCCUUAUUGGAAGUUCCAUGUUCUCCUUUAGAAAUAUGGAAAAGCUCCACUAGGCUUCGAGUACGUCCGGCAUGUCUUGAUACCCUCCUCACUUUCCAUCAAUAUUUCUGGGAGCGGAAACAAUCUGGGUUUAACGGAUUUCUGUUUGACCUGAUUGACAAUGGUCCCAAAUUUGUGCCCCUGCCAUGA